UACAUAUUAUGUGACAUGGAAAUUUUAAGAAUAAAACCUGUCGAAAUGGAGAAUUCUCAGAUUCACCAGAACUACGAUCGUGACUGCGAGGCUUUGAUCAACAAGAUGAUCAACUUGGAGCUUUUUGCUGGAUACACCUACACCUCCAUGGCUCACUACUUCAAACGGGAUGAUGUCGCUCUUCCUGGUUUUGCCAAGUUCUUCAAGAAGAACAGCGAGGAGGAGCGCGAGCAUGCUGAGAAGUUCAUGGAGCUCCAGAACAAGAGGGGGGGACGCAUCGUCCUCCAGGACAUCAAGAAACCUGAUCGUGAUAUGUGGGGCAAUGGACUGAUUGCUAUGCAGUGCGCUCUUCAGCUGGAGAAGAACAUCAACCAGGCUCUGCUGGAUCUGCAUAAGGUCGCCUCUGAGAAGGGAGACCCUCAUCUGUGUGACUUCCUGGAGACUCACUACCUGAAUGAGCAGGUUGAGGCCAUCAAGAAACUUGGUGACCACAUCACCAACCUUUCCAAGAUGGAUGCUGGCAACAACAGGAUGGCGGAGUAUCUGUUUGACAAGCACACCCUGGACAGCUAAAUGCAGCCCUGAGAU